ACACACACACACACACACACACACACACUCAAACAGAAAAACAGUAUGAGUUGUAAAGCUAGCUUUUUCCCAACCCAGCGCUUGAGCGGAGGCGGUACAUGUAUUUCAACGUGAUUGCUCAGACUCCGACUUUAUCUACUGAGGCCAAAGAACGCGAACAGGACACGAAAACUUAGCUACUCGUCGACUUCUACAAGACGGCAAGAAGUAGGAACGGCGAAAUAUUGGCUUAGGCCUGGUGUGUAAAUCUGGAUCUUUGACAUUCACAAACUGCAACUGCAACACGCUGGCCUGAUUAGUUUUUUCGAAACAUCAAAAAAUUAAGACCAUGCCUGCCUUCCGAGUCUACCAGACACUGACCUUGUUGAAAGAGUUUAUCGCGAUAGUCUUGGUCUGCGUCACAAUGGUCACGAACCACUGGAUUGAGCGGUCCCAUAUCUCCCCUGCCCUCAUUGGAAUCUUUGAGACGUCCACUAAGAAAGCUGUGGUCAGCACGGCCGACUUCUACAGUCCUGACAAUGGUUUUGUCUACGCAACGAUCAGCCUGAUGUGCAUUGGACUAGGGGCACUUUCUAUCGCCUUUCUUUUUAACAUUUACCUGCAGUGGAAGCUAAAGGGGCCCUUGUUGUUGUUGAUCCCGUUUUUAACAUUUUUAGCAGGAGUCCUGAUCUGUAUCGCCGUCGGGGUUUUCCUCGACAUAGGCUCAGGCGUUCUGUACGAUGAUAUAGGAUACUCCGGGUACAUAGCGAUCUUCGCUGGCAUGCUACCCAUCUCGGCUUCUG